GACCCCUUGUAAACUGCGAGGGCCAGUCUCGCCGGUGGCGACGGCCUUGCGGAUUAGAGACGGGCUCAGACGGACUCGCGAUGCUGGGCUUGGCGGCAGAAACCGUCGUGGUAAAUGCGCUGCAGGAGGGAGAAGGGAAAAGAUGCCGAAUCCUGGCUCGUUUCUGGCUCAUUUCUCGUCUGAGAAGACAGGCGCGCCGAGUUGUUGGUUUCACGCGGCCGAGUUAUGCGUGUUGCUACGUGGUAAGUAGGCGUAGUGUAGGCCAAAGAGAAGGGAGGGAGAGAACAAUGGAGAGGGUGUGUGAAAAGUUUGCUUUCAGCGGGCAGGGCGGUUUGCCUGGUUGCUGCGAGUUACAUAUUUGCUCGUGUGUCCAGGCGGGUGGAUAUCGAACCAGGCCGGCCCGGCGUGAUGGGAGCCUGAGUUGGAGAGGAAACAGGACCGAGAGCCUGGCCUGGUGUGCUUCCGAGCAAACAACGCAACGCGUGCUUUGUAUCGUCGAGUUCCCCUGGUACGCACCGCAACCCGAAGUUCGUCAGAGCGACAAACAUGGUCUCGCGAUGGGUGGCGCCGGUGGGACACGUCCGCGCCAAUCUAAUCUGAUUCCGAACCCGUCCGAACUGGAGGGGGUUACGAAUCGCACAAGUAGGGACGCACAGGAUCACACCGUGUCUACCGAGAGCCUCGCUCUGGUGCUCGUCGAGGUCCCGUCGGGAUGAGUGGUACGGAAAUCGGUCUCUCUGGAUUGGUCCGUUCGCUUGCUAUCACAGAUAACGGAGUCUGAGAGGGAGGAGGGGUAUCAAGCGACGGAUGGGGUGUGGAGGACACAAGAGGUAGGACGCCUUGCGAAGACAGAGAAUAGGAAUGAGCAGAUGUGCACAUACGUGGUGUUAUACAGAAAAUGAUACAUAUAUAUAU